ACACAUUUUCAUAAUAGAAAUGAAGUUAGUUAGGAGUAGAUUCCAUGUAAUAACAUGGCUGGUGGUCUUUGGCUGUCUCUCCGCCGUAAGAGCCGAUUUCGACUAUCGUAGCGCCCUCACGAAGUCGAUCAUCUUCUUGGAGGCACAACGGUCCGGGAAGCUCCCCGCGACCAACAGGGUCCCUUGGAGGGGAGACUCCGCCCUCGACGAUGGCAAACUCGAAAAUAUUGACCUAGCGGGAGGCUACUAUGACGCGGGCGACAACGUCAAGUUCGGCCUCCCGAUGGCCUUCACAGUGACAACCCUAGCCUGGGCCGGCAUACACUACCGCGCCGAACUCCAGGCGGCCGGGGAGAUGGACAAUGUCCGGUCGGCCCUCCGAUGGGGCACGGACUACCUCCUCAAGGCGAGCGCCGAGAAGAACAAACUCUACGUGGAGGUCGGGGAUCCCCACAAGGACCACGCCUGCUGGGCCAACCCCGAGAACAUGGACACCCCCCGGACGGUCCUCAAGAUCGACCAAUCCACCCCGGGCACCGAGAUCGCCGCCGAGACCGCCGCCGCCCUAGCCUCCUCCUCCAUCGUUUUUCGUGACCUCGACCGCGCCUACGCCGGCGUCCUCCUCACCCGAGCCAAAGCCCUAUAUGAUUUUGCAAAGACUUAUAAAGGAAGCUUCAGUGGAGAGUGCCCCUUCUAUUGCUCUCACUCUGGCCCUAAUGAUGAGUUGCUGUGGGGAGCAGCAUGGCUAUACUAUGCCACCAAAAUGCCUGUUUACCUUGAUUAUGUAAAAGGAGAAGCCAAGAGCGCCCAAGUCGCUGAAUUCAGCUGGGAUCUCAAAUAUGCAGGAGCACAAAUCCUUCUCUAUCAAUUCUUAAUGGAGGGGGAGAAGGAUUUGAAGAAAUACAAAGAGGAGGCUGAUGGAUUUGUGUGCUCAAAUAUACCUGGAAACUCUAAUUACCAAGUUUUCAUUACACCAGGUGGAAUGAUUAAUUUGAGAGACGGCGCGAAUUCGCAAUAUGUGACCGGGGUGGCCUUCCUCUUUAGCAUCUACAGCGACUAUCUCACCAAGAACAAGGAUAAGGUCUACUGCAGCAGCACGCAGAUCGAGCCGGCCAAACUCGCCGCCUUCGCCAAGCAACAGAUGGACUAUCUACUUGGCAAGAAUCCUGAAAAUAGGUCUUACAUGGUUGGAUUUGGGAAGAAUCCACCCACACAAGCUCAUCACAGGGGUGCAUCCAUCCCGAAGCUGCCCAAGGACGAGAAGGUCGUGUGCGGGUCGAGCUUUGGAAAAUAUUUACACCCGGAUAAACCAAACGUUAACGAGCUCACCGGGGCCAUUCUUGGUGGGCCCAACAAGAACGACAAAUUCGAGGACAAGCGGAAUAAAUCCUCCUUUACCGAGCCGUGCACCUACAUCAACUCAUUGGCAGUUGGUGCGUUAGCCAAGCUCGCUAAACCUCAUGCCAAAGUUUAAAUCAUUUGACAUAGAUGCUAGACACAAUAAGUUCUAGGAGUAUAUUGAUUUAGGUGCAUUUUUUUUAAUUAGAACGUACACAUAUAACAUCUCGAUCUAAAAAGUAUCGAUGAAAUUAAAAUUUAUGUAUUAUUAUAGACUAGAUUAGUAAUAUAAUUAUGAUAGUGGCCCUUCAAAUUGUAUUUAUUGCUACCUUGUGUAUUUGUACAUUCAUGUGUGAAGUGUACCAAAA